CCGUAGCGCGCGAGGCAGUAUGGGACACAACCGGCAACGUGGGGCGGGACGGAAGCCUCCGGGGGUCAGACCCGGGCGACGCGGGAAGUCCAGACGCUGAAGCUGCCUGAAGAGGAGGCCUGAGGCGCAGGUCCGGCCCCGGUGGCGGCAAUGGCGGAGAGGCCCGAGGACCUGAACCUGCCCAAUGCCGUUAUUACCAGGAUCAUCAAGGAGGCGCUCCCGGACGGAGUGAACAUCUCCAAGGAGGCCCGGAGCGCCAUCUCCCGCGCCGCCAGCGUCUUCGUGCUGUACGCCACAUCCUGUGCCAACAACUUCGCGAUGAAAGGGAAACGCAAGACACUGAAUGCCAGUGAUGUGCUCUCGGCCAUGGAGGAAAUGGAGUUCCAGCGCUUCGUUACCCCGUUAAAGGAAGCUCUGGAAGCGUAUCGGAGGGAGCAGAAAGGCAAAAAGGAAGCCUCGGAGCAGAAGAAGAAGGACAAAGACAGAAAAACAGAUUCAGAAGAGCAAGACAAGAGUAGAGAUGAGGAAAUUGAUGAAGAUGAGGAGAGGCUGGAAGAAGAAGAACAGAAUGAAGAGGAGGAAGUGGACAACUGAACGGGGUGAGGAGCCUGGCACCGUGGAAGGUACCGCUCUGAAAUGCGUUUAUGUGACGCCUUUUCCUACUGGGCAGAGCCUUUGGCAAAAGAGCCAAGAAGAUCAAAACUGAAAUCUGGCUAGAAGUAGCAAAACCAGCGCUUCCCAGACUCAGAGCAUCUGAGCAGCAGAGUCCUGUUUUGCUUAAUCAGUCUGAAGGCUAUGACUUUUUUUUUUUUUUUGGCAAGAGGGAUUCUGAACUGAUCAUUUAAUUAGCCGAUAUGAUCUCAUUUACUUGUGUAUAUGAUUAGACAGUUUUUGAUUCCCAGUUCCCUCCCACCCUCACCAAAAAAUAGUAACUUCAUGCCACCUGGGUUCCAGAUCACAGGAGGCACCAGGGCUCAGGAAAAAUUGGGGCUUAGAUCAUGGUCAGCUGUUUGUAAAGUGUUUGGCGAUACUGGCUCAUUACAGUGAUCACGGUGGUUUAGUUUUGGGAAACGGCCAAAAGGCUGUGGAAGAACAAUGAAAUCUGUGGUCCCUUCACUUGACAGUAACAUUUAUUUUGGUUUCUACCAACUCACUUGGCUUGGGGCCCCCCCAAUGUAUUGCCUGUCGGCAUUUGACCUGUUAGGUGGCUGCACUCUGCACACAGGCUUGUUAAGUCCUCCGUAUAGAGGGGACUUAGUCAAGCAACUUUGCCAAUGUCUCGCUCUUACCAAACAGAUGGUUUAGUCUUCGAUGCACCUCACUGUCUGCCACUGCACAACUUUAGAAUCUGUUGUCACCUCCUGGGAGGUAUAAAAUCCCAGCUUUCUCUUCUUGUAGUCCAUCUCCCAGGCUUGUGACUAUGGCUUUUCGUUCUUCCAAUUCACGACAAGUUCCAAACUGUAUCCCUUCUAGGCACAACUUUCUCCUGCGCGUCUCACUACCUGCCUCUCCUCUGCUCCCCAUCCCAUUUUCUCCCUCUUCUCCCUCUGCCAGUCCAGAAACUUGGAUAACCUAAUCUCAUAUCUUUGAUUUCUCUCUUUUCUUUUGUCUUUAUUUUUGUGUGUGUGUUUUCUUUUUUUAUCUCAUGUCUUUUAAAAAUUGUUUUGUAAACCUCUGAAAUCUAAAGGAAAUCUGAUGGUGCUCAGGAAUCUAAUCCUCUCCCACCCCUGCCUCAGCCUCUCCUUCCUCCCCACCCCCCUCCAGCCUUUUAACUGCUUCUAAAGUUCCUCUGUUGACCUUUCUUAGGUUUGGGGAGUUUUUCUCUUUUCAUUUAGUGCUCCAAGCACUUUUUUGCUUGUCUCUAAGGCAGCUGGUAGUGAAGUGUAGUUUGACACUGUUAAUUUGUUAAAUUAAAACAGUGAAAAUUUUGUUGAUAAAUGAGUAAAGAAUGUUGAGAAGAUUUAAUGCUUUGUACAAAUAAAGAACAUUCUUGUUAAAUGUGA